UCGCAUUCUCAUUGGUGGGCGACGGCAAGGAGCACUCCGAGGCAGCCAUUUCCAACGAGCUGGCGGGGGGCGAAAGAUGGCGACGCCCCUCGGGUGGUCGAAGGCGGGGUCAGGAUCUGUGUGUCUCGCCUUCGAUCAACUGCGGGACGUGAUUGAGUCUCAGGAGGAGUUGAUCCACCAGCUGAGGAACGUGAUGGUUCUCCAGGAUGAAAAUUUUGUCAGUAAAGAAGAGUUCCAGGCAGUAGAGAAGAAGCUGAUGGAAGAGAAAGCUGCCCAUGCCAAGACGAAGGUCCUCCUGGCCAAGGAAGAGGAGAAAUUACAGUUUGCCCUCGGAGAGGUAGAGGUGCUGUCCAAGCAGCUGGAGAAAGAGAAGCUGGCCUUUGAAAAAGCGCUCUCCAGUGUCAAGAGCAAAGUCCUACAGGAGUCCAGCAAGAAGGACCAGCUCAUCACCAAGUGCAAUGGAAUCACAUGUCCGACUUCCGGAUCCAGAAGCAGCAGGAGAGCUACAUGGCCCAGGUGCUGGACCAGAAGCAUAAGAAAACCUCAGGAAUGCGUCAGGCCCGCAGCCACCAGCAUCCCAGGGAAAAAUAAAAUGGCUACUGCCUUCCUGUUCUCUGGCUGUAAUCCCCAGCCUCUGCCUGCUCUGCUCUGCUCUGAGAGUCCCCAGCCUCUAGCCCCUGAUACUUCCCUCCCUCUUGGGUAGUAGCAGGGGUCCACAGGGUAGGCACUUGUAGCCUAGGGGAGGAGCUAGGUCUUUGUUGUCUGGUAGGCACCACCCCUUCUUUGGGUAUUUAAUCCCUUCCUAUAUAAACAGCCCUUAUUACCCAGUAACAUCACACCCCACUCUCAGUGUCUUGGUAAAUUUAACUCUUUCAACUUGACUACAGGGUAGGAAGCCCUGACCAGAAACUUCAAAGACAGGGUGUUCCAGAACUACAAGGAAUUUGGGAAGUCAGUUUCCA